AUGAACUUACCAGAAAAUCACUUACCUGUGCUAGAAACAACUAUGAACUCUGUGCCACCUUCAGCUGCUCAUUCACAGGAUGUUCGUCAUGUACUUGCCAGAUCAUUUCAAGAUCUGUAUACUCGUGACAGUUUUAAGUUUGAAACAAUCAACAAUUUGAGGAUUUCAAAAUCAAGUGAUGAUGCAUACCAUGAGCAGUAUGUGAACAAAUUGUUACAGGUUACCACUGAGUGGCAGCAGCGCAUGGAUGAGAUUGCCAUGUUAGAGCGACACAUCAUGCAAGCUCAAGCAAGAGCCAUGUCAGCUGAUGAGCGCGAACUAAUCAGGGCUUCCACCUCAUGCGACAACUAUAGAAGCCUGGGGUUGCCACCAG